CAUUGAACAUGUCUGCCGACGAAGACAACGAAUUAAGGGACUUGGUAGCUCAGACAUUAGAAACAAAUGGUACUUUAGGCAAAAUUCGGGCACAGCUAAGAGCAAGUGUGUUUCUUGCACUAGAAGAACAAGAACCUGUGCAGAACAAGACACCAUUCUUGAACAAGAAGUUGAAAGACUUUCUUAACACAAAAGAAGGGAAAGUAGUAGCAAGCUUGGUGAGAGAUUUUCUGCAAUGCUUUGACCUGGAAUUUACAUUAGCUGUCUUCGAUCCUGAAACAGGAUUGGGGCAAGAUUAUGAUCAUCGGGAAGCGUUGGUGAAAGAGUUGAAUAUUACCGACUCUGGAAAUGCAGACCAGUCUCCACUUCUUGCCCAAGUUGUGAAAAUAGCCUGCGACCAUAAGUCCACUCUAGCCAAGGCUGUUUUGUCAGAGACACAUGAUUCUCAUGAACCAUCAGAUUAUAUCACGGUUCCAAAGAAUUUGACAGAAGCUCAAAUUAUUGACGCACAGAUUAAAUUUGAACAAUACGACAAGGAUGGCAGUGGUACGAUAGACAAGGAGGAACUCCGAGACCUCUUUAUGGACAUAUUUCCUGGUUUUCACAGGAAUAUGUUGGACAGAUAUGUCAAUGAUGAAUUUAAGGCAGUGGAUAAAGAUUUCAGUAACAGGGUCUACAUGUCUCUUAGUCCUGGAGGUAUAGACUUUAAUGAGUUUCUAGGAAUGUACAAGAGGCUGUUCUUAUUAUGCAAGUCAGUGGUUUCUCAAGACGUGUCCGGUCUACUGCAGUCAAGUUCCCAUUCUGGCAAGCCACCACCUCUCCCGUCUACUCCACCACCACCCAUGAGAUCUGUAGAGAUUAAGAAUAAGAUCAACAUGGAUGACAUGAAGAAUGGGUCCGGUAAAGAUGACCUCGAUGGUCUGAAAAACGACUCCUUCUUCGACGACCCGGUACCACCAGUAGGUGGAUUGAGAUCAUUCAACAGUACUUCGACAUCAAGAAGCAAACCAUCUCACAUACCAGUUUAUUCUCCACUCAAGAGCAGUGAAGCAAACAAGCAAGCAGAGAGUAAAGCAUUAAGUUCGAGUGGUGUAACAACCAAGAAGGUGGACUAUGGACCUGUGAACAGCGUUGGUGGUAGUGACAUGACCUCACUGCAAGGAUUGCCGUCUCUGAAUAAAGACAAGGGAUCUAGUAUGUCAUCUCUGAUGGGAGCCCCGCCAUUAGACACAGACAGACAAGCAAAGCGACCAAAUGAUUCUGGAGACCAGCUGAGAGAUUCGGGACCCAGGCUAAAUGAUUUUGGAAAUGAUCAUUCAGAAAUUUAUGAAUAUGAAGAUGAUUAUGAACCAGAUGAUGAAGCUAAUUUGCAGAGUUCUGGAAUCAGCGUAAGUCAGAAAAGUAAUCGGUCAGACAAAAAAUCUACUCAGGAAAAUGGUAGUCUUGCUGAGGACACGGAAGAGAUAGAGGAAGACAUAACAGCAGAUGACUUUCCCAACAGUGAGAAAAAUGGGUUUGAUGAUCUGCAGACGGAUGACGUCAGCUUAUCACAAGCUGAUGGAAUCUUCGACUACCAGGAAGAAGCUCUCCCGUAGCACCGACACACUGACGCCGAAGACUUUCAAACCUGCAUGUUCUGCUGAACAGAUCAUUUCAGAUUAUCCUGUUGUGAUAUUAUAUCAAAUUAUAUUACAAUAAUAUAGAUAUCAUACCCUGCAAUAGUUGGUUUGGAAUAGGUUCAGUAAUAAUGCAUAUACAGUAGUGUGUGUUUAUAAUAAACUAUCAGGAGCAGGGACAUGGUGCAUUCGAAAUUUAAACUAAUUGGAUCCAGAAAUGUCCCAGUAGCAUUUGCAAAUUAACCUCAUUGAUACUGUUAUGAAUGUGUGUUACUGACAAUAAAUUCCCACCAGCUCUGCAAAAUUUUCUUGGAUAAAGUCCAUUCGAAAGAGAGUGGGGAUAUUCUUUGAAGUUUAUUUCAGAUUUGUAUGUGCCAUCAACCUUUUUGUACUUAAUGUUUCUAAUUAUAAUCAUAAUAAUAUUAUACAUUGUUUUCUAUAUUUCAAUGUUUGAGUCAGUAGAAUGAUGACUUCCGUCCGGUUGUUUGGUCAUCUGACCCUAGCCAUUUGUCCAUCUGAAAGGCUCAAACAUUUUGUUACAUGUCAUAUAUUAUGUCCACAUUUCCUCUUCAGCUUUGGCCUCUUGUAUUUACAGACAUCAUAUGUUGGGAAUAGUUUGUGAUACAUUUGUAGAAUUGUAUUUAUUUUAAGAUGGUUAUGCUGGGUUAAUGUUUGGUUAAGUGUGGUUAAAGAAUCUGUCAUAGCCUAUAUCUCUAGUAUUGUUUAAUGUAUAUCUUUUAUAUUUGGCAUGGCUGUUAACCAAGUGAUAGGUUUUCACUUGUUUACCAUCCCCAUGAAUGUGACUUUGGGCCAGGUCACGGUAAUUUAUUUUCUGGCAAAAAAGUUUUAGUUUUUUUUAUUGCAUUUAACUCUAAAUUAUUUUAAAGAAUGACUUUCAUAUUUGGCAUGGCUGUUCAGCAACUGAUAAUUUUUCAUCUGUAUACCUCCAGUCCACUGAAUGUGACCCUGGGGUAUGGUCAAAAUCAUUUAGAAUUUGGUUAAAGUUUUUCUAAUUAUGGUACAUUUAACUCUAAAUUAUGUAAUGGAUGGCUGUCAUAUUUGGUAUGAAUGUUCACCAUGUCAUAGUGCAUACUCGAGCCCAUGAAUUUGACCCCCGUGAAGGUCAAGGUUAUUUAAAAGUUAAAGUACAGUUUGAUUAACAUGUCUCUAAUUGUCUUUAACACCCUACUCCAGUGAGCCAUCAUGGCUUUGCCAUUCUAGUUACUUAGUUCAACUGUCUUGUGUUGGUUUUUGCCAUCAUCAAUUAAAAUAACUCCUCAGGAAAAUAUAGACUAUUAGCUAUAAUGUAGGAAAGUACCUUUAGUGUAGUCAGAAUAUUUUAAAAUUCAGCAUCCUGUGUGGAUUGCUCAAUUGUUCUGCAGAAAUCCAUUGAAGAGAAUCUCAUUCCAGCAAUUAUAAUGAGAAAUUUAUUUAAUACCAGUUUGUAAUCGUAAUCUUUACUCAUCAUAUGUUCUUUGUAUGUAAUUAAGGAUUCAAGUUGCAACAGCUCUAUUGUUAUCAUUGUUCUUAUUAUUCCAGUAAAUAUGUUAUCUGUCCAGAAACAGCGUGGAUCAAAACAUGACAUUUUUAUUGUAGAUGACAGAUUACAUGUCUACAAAAUAUCAAAAGAUGGUUCUCAUAUACUUGUGUUUUGGAUUAUGCAGUUUUAAUGGUUUAUGUCAUCAAAACCCCUUGACUAAAACUCAUGAAAUGUAUAUCUACAGAUUACAUGUCUACAAAAUAUCAAAAGAUGGUUCUCAUAUACUUGUGUUUUGGAUUAUGCAGUUUUAAUGGUUUAUGUCAUCAAAACCCCUUGACUAAAACUCAUGAAAUGUAGGUGGAAUAUGUUACCUAAAAGUGGUUAAAUUAUGGUACUCCUACAAAUUUACAUUCACCUUGAAUUACGCACCCAAUAUGUAUUCGCUUUUACAAUUUUGUCUUCGAAACAAUUUUAAUAACAUGAUUUAAUAUUUGUCAGCUAAAGCGGCAAUCUCAUUAUGCAAUUAGUUGCACCGACUUCUUGACCCUACAAUAAUUUGAAUGUAGAAGACUAAAGACAUUCCGAUUAAGGUGUUCUCACAGUAUGAUUCAUGUAAUGAGAAUACCCCUUUAUACAAAUAGUGGUCCGCAAAAACUUAUGUCACAAUUUCUUGACAUAUCUGACUGUUUAAUGAAAGUUGUGGCUAUUUUGGAUUGCUUUGUUCUCAACAUAUUUUUUUUUUUUUUUUUUUAAAUUUAAUCUGUCAGAUGAAGUGCUUUUUCUGUAAAUAUGAUAAAGCUGAUCCUACUAGCAAAAGAGGCAAUGAGGUUCUCUCUGGAAAAAUAUGACAUCACAGUUAAAAUAUUUAAUUUUAUUUUCUAUCUAGAUACGUUUUGCAUUGAACAUGAAUUUAAAAUUUCAAGUCCCUAUGCAGUAAUGAGCAUUUAAUUUAUAUAUUUAUAAAUUACUGAGUUCUGCUGCUUAAAUGCAGAAAACAGCUGAAACAAUUUUUUAUUUUUUAUAUAUUUAUUAAUUUCAGUAUUUGUUUUUGAUUUUAUAUUGUUAUGUCAUAGAUUUCUUUUUGAUUUUUUUUUGGAAAGGGGACACUGGUUUUUGGAAAGUUUCAGCAAUGGUGUUAUUUAUCAGUUAACAAUAUUAUUGCAUUGAUUUAAUAGUAGUAACUGUUGGAAAGAAAACCAAAUAGUUAAGUGUUUUGCCUUGUUGAUGGGAAGAGCAAAAAUCAAGAUAUCCAUCUUUUAGUUCAUGUCUCAUGAAUGGUUAUCUUAGACCGAUGUAUCUGUAAUCGUGUAAUGACCAAUAUUUAGUCACACAAUGUAAUAACUGUUUUAACAUUAUGUUUUUAGGUGAUACUAGUUUGAAUAUCUUACCUGACUGUAUUUAAAGUAUGAUUCAAUAGACAGUAUUGAUUUGAAUUUUAUUCUCAACAACUCAACUGUUGUCUCAGUUCCCUCCAUAUAGAUCCUUAUGUAGGAUCAAUGCAUUUAAUGUUGUCUUUUAAUAUAUAUAAUUAUAUAUUUAUAAUAAAACUUUUUAUUAAAAUGAAAAA